AUGGACUUUCUCGACUUAACGGUUUUUAAGGGGGAGAGGUUCUCAUCUUCUGGCACACUGGAUCUGAAGCUGUUUCAGAAGCCGAUGAACCGCUACUUAUACCUUCCGUUUAACAACCUGCGCAACAACCAGCUGACGGGCCCUGUACUGCAGCCCAUCCCACCAACAAUCACCUCCUACAAUCUCGAUCUCAACUAUUUCUCCUCAGGCUUCUCCUCCCCACCUGACUGCUCCCAAGGCUCCAUCUCCUUUCGCUUCAACUGCCUCCAAACCCCUACCCAAGGCUUCUCCUGCCCUACCCCAGCCACGCCCUCUGCUGCGGAUGCAGCGGUGCAGCGGCCGGAGGAGCUCUGUGCUGCCUUCUGCGGCGUGAGUGCUGCCGAUCCCCCGUGCGACGGCCAUGGCGUGUGCUACCUGGAGGGCCCCAGCAGAGUGCCCACGUGUGACUGCGAGUCUGGGUUUGUCAAUGGGGAGUUUCCUGGAAGCUGCAUCGCUGAAGGCAGCGAAGACCCAUUAAGUGUGCGGCCGACAGCAGCACAGACAGCAGUGAAAGGGGGGGCUUCAGUGGCAAACGACGGGCGCAUCACACUCACAGCCUCUCAUCUGAACAAGUGGGGUGCAGCCUUCCUCCAACUGCCCAUCCCACUCUUCUCCUUCGCACUCAAGGCCGGUGCCUGCGGCCGCCCCUUGGCCUUCACCGUCUAUUUCUCCUUCUCCAUUCUCAAACCAGCCACCGCCAGCAGGGCAGCAGCCACAGCGGCAGGUGACGCGGGGGAUGGUUUUGCGUUUGUGAUUGCAGCCAGCGACGCUGCUACGGGCGGUAGCAGUGGCAACAGUGACGGCAGUGGUGGGGGCGGCAGCUUGGGGUAUUCUGGCAUGGAUGAGCGCAGCAUAGCCGUGGAGUUUGACACUUCUAAGAGCACUGAUGCCAACGACCCAGACAACAACCACGUGGGAGUGAGUGUGAGGGGCAACACCUCUUCCAUCGCAACUGCCAAAGCGCCCUUCACUCUCAACGACGGAAAGCCAAAGCAAGCCUGGGUCGUCUUCGAACCCUCUCCUUCCUCCUCUGGCGGUGCUGCUAGUGGCAGCGCUACCUAUGGCAGCAGCAACAGCAGCGGCGGCGGCACGGGGUGGCUGCGGGUGUUUCUGUCGGCCAGGGGGUCCCCUCGACCGAGCAAGGCAGUGCUGGCGAUGCAGGUGUCGCUGUGCGAGUUCCUGCAGCCCAGUGCAGCCGAGGCAUCGUUCCUCAUGGGCUUCACUGCUUCCUCCUCUGACUCCCCUCAGCAGCACUCCAUCCUUGAGUGGAACAUCACCACAGGUCCUUACCGCUGCUCAAUGCUGCUCCCUGCUGCCACCCCCUCCGUUCUCCUCUACUCCCGCGUGCUUAUCGCUUCGGACUGCCAGCAGUUUGGGUUCCAGUUCAGCGAGGCAUCGCUGGCACCAGUGGGGGCGAACCUGUUUUUCCGCUACGCCAGUGCGGGCGUGCAAGCAGUGCUGCCAGCAGGUACAGCAGGAGCGGAAGGGGGAAGCGGCAAGGAGGAGGAGGUGUGGGUUGUGAGCCAGGCGUUCUCCUGGACCGACCAGGGGCUUUCUUGGCCUGUCCAGAACCAAGGCGCCUGCGGUGACUGCUGGGCGUACGCGGUGGUGGGCAGCAUAGAAAUGGCAUAUGGCAUUCUCUCCAACCUCACUGUUGUGCCACACCUCUCCGUCACCCAGCUGCGCAGCGCCCUCGGCGCCUCAUGCUCGCAGGGCAACUCGCCCUCCCAGGCCUUCCAGUACCUCGUCACUCUCAACGCCAAGAGCAAAGUGGGACUCACGGAGGACGGCGGGACCGGGGUGGUGGUGAGCGGGGGCGGGGCCACGAAGAGCAGCAGCCAGAGCCCGCUCUGUAGCAUGCCCAUCUUUUCUCUGCUCGCACAAGCGCUUGGGAUCUCCUGCGGCAAAGGCCACACCCCUGGAACAAGCAAGCCAUCAAGGGGGGCGUUUAGAGUGAACGGGUUUGAGCGCACGUCAUUCCACGGCUGGUUUGGGCUGCUGCUGGCCGUGCAGCGACAGCCCGUGGUGGUGCAUGUGCAGGCCACCGUCCCCUCUUUCCUCGACUAUGAUGGGCUAUCCAAGUACGCGGACCCCUCGUGCUUCACGUACAACUUGAACCACGUGGUGCUGCUGGUGGGCUAUCGCCUCACCGGCUCAGACCCCACCUUCCCGCACAUGGCGCCGCCCUUCUGGAUCAUCCGCAACUCAUGGGGCCCGGAGUGGGGCGACGGCGGGCACAUGCGGAUGGACAUCCAGGGGGGCGACGGCGUGUGUGGGAUCAACAUGCUGCCUGGGAUCUACCCGGUGGUGCGCGCUGCCAAGGACCCCUGCAACGUCAACGGCACCACCAGUGGGGUGUUUGGGCCGCUCUUCAACCCCUGUGGCAACUUCACGUGCACGCCCACGCCUGAUGGGGCCAGCAACCACUGCGACUGCAACGACCCGCGAUUCGUCGAGGCGCUUCAACCGGACAACUCGCGCACCUGUGCUUACAGUGAGCGCUCUCCCCUGUGCUUACAGGCAGCGGUGCACAAUCCAUGUGCAGUGGGCACGUGUGUGAAUGAUGGCAAGGGGUCGUACUCGUGUGUGUGCCCUCCUGGCUUCAGGCAGGGCACCACUGUUGAUGGCACCUUCUCCUGCGGUCCAGGCGACUCCAGCAGCACAUACAAGGUGGUGUCGUUGGGUGUCACGUGUGCCGACAUCCACCCCGUCUACGGCCUCACUCUCGCCCACCUGCAACAACAAAAUCCCGUGAGCAUCGUGGGUCUGAGCUGCAGCGCUCCUCUCGCUGUCGGCACGGUGGUGAACGUGGUCCAGCCAGCCGACCUCACGCCCUGCUCCGUCUACUACACCACGUCAGAGGUCGGCCCCCUCUCUUCCCCCUCUCCCUCCUCUCCCUUCUACCCCUCCUCGCUCUCCUCUCCCUCCUCUCCCUACUCUCACUCCUCUCCCUACUCUCCCUCCUCUCCCUUCUCUCCCCUCUCUCCCUCCUCUCUCUCCUCUCGCUUCUCUCCCUCCUCUCCCACCUCUCCCUCUUCUCCCUCCCUCCCACUCUCCCUCCUUCCCUCCCACCUCUCCCUCUUCUCCCUCCCUCCCACCCACCCUCCCUCCCUCCCUCCCUCCCUCCCUCCCUCCCUUCCUCCCUCCCUCCCUCCCUCCCUCCCUCCCUCCCUCCCUCCCUCCCUCCCUCCCUCCCUCCCUCCCUCCCUCCCUCUCUCCCUCCCUCUCUCCUUCCCCCCCACCGUCCUCUCUACUGCUGCUGCUGCCCGCAGCUUGCAGCCGUCUGGCGACACAUGCGAGUCGCUAGCGAAAUACUUCUCCCUCAUCGGCAACUGCUAUGAGCCCUGCGCAGCGGCCUUCCAGGCGCUCAACCGCGGGCUGGACUGCUCCGGCAGCGGGGAGCUGGUGGGCAGCCAGGCGGUGUGUGUGGAGCGGCGGGCGGAGAGUGCAACGGCGCUGCUCAUCCCGGUGUGCUCGCAGUUCUAUCUGGUGCAGGCCGGGGAGACGUGCGACCAGAUCCGCUCCGUGCCCUCCCCGCCGCUCUCCCCUCUCGAGUUCUUCCGCCUCAACCCCGGCAUCAAGUGCAGCCGCCUCGUGCCCAAGACUGACGUCGGCAGCCUCACAGGCUUCGAGGUCUCCCUCUGCUCUCCCACUGCUCUCCCUCUGCUCUCCCACUGCUCUCCCUCUGCUCUCUUCUUUGUCCACAUUACCCUCUCCCCUGCUUCAUUCUAUCCUCCGCUGCAUUCUCUCCUCCCUUUCUUCACCCUCUCCCCAGUCGUCCGUGCCCUCUCCUUUUGCCACUUGCUUUCAUGA